GACUAUUCAGUCCACUGCUACUCUGCUAUCCGCGCCGGAGUCGCCGCCACGAUUACCAUGGCCUCCCGAUCCGCCGGGCAGCUCUUCCUCGCCCUCCUACUCCUGGCCGUCGUCGUCGCGGCCUCCGCUUCCGACGCCGACGCCGCCGCCGGGGGCGCCAAGUGGCGGGAGGAGCAGGCGCGGGACCGGGUGCCGCGGGUGCCCGGGCAGGCCUUCAACACCAGCUUCGCGCAGUACGCCGGGUACGUGACCGUCAGCGAGCAGCGCGGCGCCGCGCUCUUCUACUGGUUCUUCGAGGCCGACAAGGACCCGGCGUCCAAGCCCCUCGUGCUCUGGCUCAACGGAGGGCCUGGAUGCUCGUCCAUUGCUUUUGGACUCGGAGAAGAAGUAGGACCUUUCCAUGUUAAUGCAGAUGGGAAGGGGGUGCAUGUCAAUCCUUAUUCUUGGAACAAAGUUGCAAAUUUGCUGUUCCUUGAUUCACCUGUUGGUGUUGGUUACUCCUAUUCAAACACCUCUGAUGAUGCUUUAAAAAAUGGGGAUGCGAGAACUGCCACGGAUUCAUUGGCAUUCUUACUGAAGUGGCUUGAACGGUUUCCUCAGUACAAGGAACGUGAAUUUUAUUUGACAGGAGAGAGUUAUGCUGGUCACUAUGUUCCUCAACUGGCUCAAGCCAUAAAAAGGCACCAUGAGGCUACUGGUGACAAAUCAAUUAAUCUAAAGGGCUACAUGGUAGGAAAUGCUCUCACUGAUGAUUUCCAUGACCACUAUGGAAUAUUUCAAUUCAUGUGGACUACUGGCCUGAUCUCUGAUCAAACAUACAAGCUGCUGAAUGUUUUCUGUGACUACGAGUCCUUUGUGCAUUCAUCUCCACAGUGUGAUAAGAUUCUUGAUAUUGCUAGCACUGAAGCUGGAAACAUUGAUUCAUAUAGCAUCUUCACACCUACAUGCCAUGCAUCUUUUGCCUCCUCGAAGAACAAAGUGAUGAAAAGGCUACGUUCUGCUGGAAAAAUGGGAGAGCAGUAUGAUCCAUGCACUGAGAAGCAUUCAAUUGUAUACUUCAAUCUAGCUGAGGUUCAGAAGGCACUUCAUGUUAAUCCAGUCAUUGGAAAAUCAAAAUGGGAGACCUGCAGUGAAGCUGUUAAUACUCAUUGGGGGGACUGUGAAAGAUCUGUGCUGCAUAUAUAUCAUGAGCUUAUACAGUAUGGCCUUCGUAUAUGGGUGUUCAGUGGAGAUACAGAUGCAGUGAUUCCAGUGACUUCAACUAGAUACAGCAUCGAUGCUCUCAAGCUUCCAACAAUAACUCCAUGGCAUGCUUGGUACGACGAUGACGGUGAGGUCGGUGGAUGGACUCAAGGGUAUAAGGGACUCAAUUUUGUGACCGUGAGGGGAGCAGGUCAUGAAGUUCCUCUUCAUCGACCCAAACAGGCUCUCACACUAAUCAAAUCAUUCUUGGCUGGGAGCCCAAUGCCUGUGCAAUCCAGUACACAUAGCGACAUGUAAUCUGUACUAUCACAACUGAUUCAAGAGAUGAACAUCCCAAAGCACCCAAAUCAACCAUUGUUCAACCCGGCUUGUUCUUCCACUUGCUAUAGCCAUUUAUGUAUCAGAGCUACUGGUGCCGGUUACUGUAGCCGUUUAUUUAUUGGCCCUGUUGGUGCUUGGUACUGAUUCUCCCCUAAAACAGGGGACAGAACUACAGAAUAGUUUUUGUUGCCAUGGAACUGAUACCAUGUGUUACCGACUUACCGUGAGCCUAAGAAUAAAUUUGCAUCAGCGUCACAGCACUGUAUUCUAAACAUCGCACCAUAGUCUUUUCUAUGCACAAGGUGUGAUUUCUGAUGUCCGCAAUAAAUGAUCUGGACUUGGAAAAAGAUAUGAAA